UUUAUUGGUGCCUAGUCAAGGACACAGACCUGCACAUAUACAGGUCCAUGUCCCUCAGAAAGGUCACUGUAGUCCGGUGAGAACAGACUCAGCUCGGAGACUGAUAGCUGAUAUUCAGAAGGUGAACAAAAUAAGUGGAAACAAACUAAGUUGUUUUGGCAUUUUAUUGAAUGGCAUUAUAGGCCAGGUGUUCCUGUAGUUAUUGUCCAUCUAAUUUUUCUUGAACGAUAAGAGUAUUCCGUAAAUGCUUUUAUUUGUGUGAUUUGUUUAGAUCAAUAAACUGUUACUUUUUUCAUAUUGGUGUUUGCAGCCGUGUACUGUAUGCAUGUGGGACAUUGGCAAAAAGAAAGGACAGAAAUCACUGACUGAAAUGGUUUUGUGACAAAUGUGGUUUUCAUUUGUAAUUUCUUCAUUUACAUGCAUUUUUAACAGACAAAGACAGCCGGACUGCAGAGACAAAGUGAAAACAUUUGACCUCUGAAUUUAUGUUCAUAAAUAAAAUACACCAAACCUGUUUUCAUGUAGUCUGAGAAUAUUUCCUUCUUUCUGAAAGUCACUUAAACGUUUUAACAUUUUCAGUGUAAUGCAUUCUGUGGCAUGAAAUAUUGAUUUAUAUAAAGUAGAGUAUAAAUGAAAUCAGUGUAAACAAUAGCCAACUCCAUCAUGUCAUCAACACUGACAGCGAUGCAAGGUAAUUGUACUUAUCGUGGAGUAUGCAAUGUAAGUCCAGCCUUUUGCCACCACUCAAACUUCCCAGAAAUCUGCUGCACAAAACACAUAAUAUUAGAUCGCUGCAGUACAUAAAGGCAUCAUUCUACUCAUAAGCGCUCUAAAUACAUGAUUUACUCAGCACAAUUAUUCCGUUGCAGGGAAAUUGCAAAGGCAACAUAAUAUGCUCUCCUUCAGACUGGCCUAAUACAUAAGAAUGACAUAAUGUGAUUAAAUAAGUUGUACGAUACCACAAAAUCAAAAAACAAGGGAAAUUUGGGUGCACUUGUCAAGCAAGCUUGCUCAACAUCUCACCUUUUGUCUCUAUAGACUGUUCGGAGGGGGAUUAAACAGUUCAGGGAAGUAUGACAUAAUAACAAAAGUCUCUGAGCUGAUUCAAACCCAGGACAUCGUGUCUUAUGUGGCACAUGCCUGAGCGUACACUGAGUCACCAGAAAAGAUUAAUAUGCAUCACUGAAUAAAGAUGAAGUAAAAGGACACAGCUAGAGAGAAGUACAACUGUUAAAUUUGCGCUAACAACUAGGAUUGUGAUUUUUUUGGCUGAGGUUUAGCCAGGUUUAGAGAUUUAAUUCACAGUUCAAUAUUUGGUGAUUUGAUUUCUUAUGUACAUAUAUACAUUUGGGGGGGCUUUUAUUGCCUAUAAUUGAUAGUGACAGCUUAAGGGUGACAGGAAAUGGGGGAGAAAGGGGAUGACACACAGCAAAGGGCCACAGGUUAGAAUCGAACCGAUGGCCAUUGCAACAAGGACAGCUCCACCAAAUGAGCUAUCAAGGGGCCCUGGUGAUUUGAUGUCUAAGAGGGAUAUUUAGUGAUUUUCUUCAUUUAAUUGUUUUUUAAUUUUUUUUAAUUUAUAUGUUUGUUUUGCUGAGAAAUGAUUUUAUUAUAUUUAUUAAACUUUGAUUCAAUUCAGCAACUUUCACAAUACUUUGCAAUAAUGGUUCUUGAAUCUGACAAUCUAUCUUUUCCAAAAGCCGACAGAAAUAUUUCUAUGUCUCUUGAGCAAGUGAAGAGGCACCCCCCUCAAAAACAUCUGUCCCUCACUGGUCAGAUUGAAAUCCAGUCGUCCAAUCCCCAACAUGAAUACCUGAAGCACCAUAAGCAUAGAGAGAGAGUUCAUUCUCCCUUUGACUUUGUUCAGUGCUAUGUUUUCUACGGUUGUGUUGUUGGAUAAAUCUGCUCUUAAAGACGUAUGUUAAGUGUUUUUCAUUUGCAACUAUUCUUUUGUCUCAGCAUUUCUGUUUUAUCAAGUUGCAUAUUAUCCUGAGUUUACAGUUAUAGUUUAAAAUUAAUUGUUUUGUGUUUCACCACAGUUUCUUUCCAGAACUUCCAGGUUUUUUUUGUUUUUUUUUUAUCUGUAUGAUUUCAGGACAUUUGAUAAAUCUAAUAUGUAGAAUGGACAGGAGGAAAAUGUAUUGUGCUGAUCUAAUCCCAGAUUUGGCAUAGGCCAUAAGCUUGCACAUUUGAAGCAAAGAGCAUUUCACACUUUAUCUCCAAACAGGAUUACACAAUGUCAUGCUAUAAUCCAGCAGCACGGCUCCCUUUAUUUCCUUAGCCAAUUCAAAAACUCCCAAGUCAUCCAUCUGGCAUGCUUAAUCCAUAGCUUUUAACCUUUGUGUGGUAAUGUAUUAAAUCAAACGGACAGCUGUUCACUUCACACUAUAUGCAUAUUCUAUGCGACACAGUGCCAUGAUAAUCAGCAUUAUUUCAUGUCAGCUGUGAGCCCCUGGUGGGUUUUUCAAAAGUUGUACAUCAAGAUUGAGACAAUAGUGACGCAAGCACUUCUCAAUUACUAAACAGCCAUCCUUUUUUCCAGUUGUCUAUACUGUGAAUACACAGCACAGUUUUUAAUGAAUGUGAACAGCGAGGACUCCCAGGUGACCUGCUGCUGCUGGGGAGUGAUAAUGAAAAGGGCGGAUACUUUGGAGUAAUCUGUCCAAGCUGCAGGUUCACCCGUAAAUAUGAAUCAUUCAGUGGAGAAUCACUUUCCUACAAGUCUUACUGUAUGUUGAGAGUGAAGAUACAGAACUAAGCAUGCUGACUCUUUGAACCUGGAGAUGAGAAGCAAGCCUGCGCCUGCAUGGGACUCUGGGAACAGCACCGUUUGGGAGGAAUACACUGACAUCACCUUUGUGCUGGCAAACAGCUUGAUUCUGCUGGUCACCUCUGUCGUGGGGAUUGCAGCAAAUAUUUUUGUCAUACUGGCAGUUUAUCACCAAAAAUCCCUGCAAACUUCCAACAAUGCGCUGGUGGUAAAUCUUGCAGUUAUAGAUAUUCUGAGGUGUGUCAUUGACUGCCCCAUUCUCUUAACCAUCGUCGUGACUGUGUAUCAAAGGGGACAUGUGGACGAUGUGAUCUGUGACACACAAGUGGCAUCUUUCUCCUUCAGCUGCUGCAUCCAACUGUUGACACUGGCUUGCAUAAGUGCGGAGAGAUACCAGGCCAUUGCACAACCCUUCAAAACCAUUCAGAGGCGAAGACGGAUUAUGGUGCUGAUUCCUGUCACAUGGACCAUGGCUAUUGUGGUGGCUGGGUUUUGUCUGGUAUUUGUAAAGGACUCACCCGUGCAUGUGAGAUGUAAAGGUUUACAGAGAGAAACAUCAUCCUCAUAUGACACAUUUGGACUUUACAUGUUGUUCCCACUUUGGGCAGCUUGCUUUGGUGUCAUCAUUGGAUUCUAUACUCGCAUAUUUACCCUUGUGAGAUCGCACAAUCGCAAAAUAUUUGACAAAGGUAGUUUCCCUCUUUCAAAAAAAGACAAAACAGAAGAUAAUCAGAAGAAAGAAGGAACCACAGCUGUGGAAAAUAGACGCGAAAAAUCAGAGCAAAACCAAACCUUGAGCAAAAGUGUUGCUCAGGUGGAAGUAGUGACACAAGCUGAACAAAAUUCAUUGAAGAAAGAUUCCACAGCUGCUUUACUGACCUCAACAAAAGCUCUGCAAUGUGUCUCCAUCGGUUCGGAGAAUAAAACAGAAUUAAAAAAUACCCUGGAGUUAACCGACUUGGAGACAGAACAACCUCGCCCACCUGCAAUGCAGGCUGCAGCACAGACUGAGGAGAGGCCUUUAAAAACAGAGCACUCCGAUCCCUGUGCCAAGAAAGUUGAAGCAAACCCAUCAAAUGGAGAUGCUGUUGCUAGUGUUAAGAGCUCAACCACAAAGCCGCAGAAGGUGUCAAGCAAUUUCGACACAGAAAAGCAGUCCAAAGAUAGACUGGAAAUUGACAAAGCACCCUCUGAAAUGAAAGAAACCAGCCCCCAUGUUGCAUCACCUGCACAGUUAGAAACCCCUGGAUCCAAUUCUGUAUUAGUGAGUGAACUAAAACAACCUAAGAACAACGACGGGGGAGAAACGCUUGCUGUUGCUACAGUAGAUCAAGUGUCUUCAUUAACUCCAGUCUCGAAUAAAGUCCCUGAGACAGAAGCUGCAAAAGAGAAUGUGGAGGUGGAAGGUGCUGUUUGCAUGAUGCCUUCAAAAGCAAGUAAAGAGAGAGCGACAAAAAAGAAGGAAAGUAAAAUGGCUAAGCGGGCUGGCUACAUAAUUAUAACUUUCCUCUUAUUCUGGCUGCCGUUGAUCAUAACCAUCCUGAUGAAUUUUGUUGUACACAAAAACAAGAAUACACAGAUCACAGUCAUUCGGGACGUGGAGAUUCUGUCAGUCUCUGUCGCCUGCAUCACAUCACUGAGUGACCCAAUAAUAUAUGCUGCAGUGAACCCUCAGUUUCGGACAGAGUUUUAUAGGCUUAAAAACAAGGUUAAAUCCAUAUUCAAUAAGAAAUGAUAAUAUCUCCACUUUUGUCUACUUUUGACCUGCACUAGACCAGAUGACCACAUUCAAUAUUCACUAUGUAUCUGAAUAAUACAAUGGUUAACAUUUGUCUUGUCAUUGUUCAAAUAUUAACUAAAUUAAACCCCAAACGUCAAAGUGUGAAAUUUUAUUUGUGUAGGAGGCCUAUUAUUUUAUAUGCCGCUGAGUUGAGUUAUAUUUUAUUCUGGCUGACAUCUCAGCAGUUUCUAAACACUGCAGAGCAGAGGCGCUGCAUGCUGUGGGAAGCAGCCUGGACCGACACAAUCAGCUCAGCAGGUGGGCGCUGCUGAGUCUUCUGUCAAACAAUCACCGAGGCCUGCUUGUCUGUCUCCAGAGACCCUGCAGUCAAGACCCACCACUGGGCCAGUCAGGUCCUCACAUGUCCUCCAGCAGCACCUAAUUAUUAUCUCAUCCUGCUAUUAGUGAUGUUCUUUGAGUAAUCAGGCAAACAUUAUGAAAUCCAUCUAAUUGUGUUCUAGUAAAAAACAAGACAUGGGUCAUUUAAUGGAUGUUUCAGUAGAGCUACAGUAUUUAUUCUAUCCACUGCACCAAUUGCACAAUGUGUGAUUAUUUGUCCCUUUUCCUUACCUCUUAUAUAUGUACUCCAUGACAAGAUUUGUAUUUCAUUAAAAGCAAAGUGUUGCAGAAUUUACAUCACAACA